GGAGUGGGUGCAUCCAGUCACGAACCAAAAAGUUUCAUAUUUGUUUUAAUCUUUUAUCUUAUGCAGUAGUUUCAUGCCAACAGGCAUUAGGUCUGACUCCGCUACAACUCGUAUAGCUGCCAGACGAAAUGGCGCUCACAAAACGACGAAACUGAAGUGUACACUUGUAGCGCCGUGUCAACAGCAUAUACGAAACCAUUUCACGCAACGACUGGCUCAAACCAGUGUCGUCGUAUAAACUAGCCUUAACCUGAUAAGCAAUGCUGAAUUACGAACGGUCUCCAUUUCUAUAUAAUUACGCUUGCGCAUUUGCCGUUGGAAAUUUAAACGCAAGCAGGUUGAAAAGGCAAAAAGGCAUUGUGUGGGUCCAAAAGCUGUGCAGCGUAUUUCCGAUGUUUAAAUUGGACAGCUUCUAGAAGGCGUUGACUUGAUGCAAACAAUUGAAGGCAGUAGAAAUAUCCAAAGUAAACAAUAGUGCCUGUAUUAUAAUAUAUUAUGAGAACAGGGAAAGAAGAGUGUUUGUUUGUAGUUGUUGUUGAUGUAGGUACGACAUAAAACUGCGACGUAUACACAAAUUUCCUUCCAUGCCCCGAUAUCUUCUGUAUAUAUCAUAUGUCGGAACAUAUUUCAGGGCAGUGCAGAAGCAAACUUUCCGGACAGAACCUGAAGUCAAAGAUCCUGAGUCUGUGCAAGGAAUUCUGGAAAUAGCAUGUAGAAGAUUUAAGCCGGCAAAUGAACCAAAAGUGUAUGUUUCUAGCAGCUGUGGUGAGGGUAGAGGAUGUAACACCCAGCCUUGGAAUGUGCCGAGUCAUCCACUUCACCACGUUUCCAGUGCCGCUGUCUCUGUUGCAGCUGUUCACGUAACACCAAGAACUGACAAAGGUGUCCAUGCAUUACUUUCAUCUGCCCAUGUUGAUCUAGAGCGCCAUACGGGUGGUGGGUAUGACCCAGAGUGUCUGACUGUAGGUUUCAACAGGUAUUUUGAGAAGGCCAAAAUUGGACUUAGAGUGCAAAAGUGUCAGCUAGUCCCAGAUACAUUUCAUUCAAGACAUAGUGCAAAGUGCAGAACUUACUUGUAUCGUCUAGCUGUGAGGAAACAAAAUGCACCAACACUACAAAAGAUGGGCUUCAAAUACUUGGCUGAAAUACCAUUUUCUGAAUGGAGGAGAUGUUAUUUUAUACAGAAUCCAGAAUUCAAUGUUGAUGCGAUGAAACAAGCCGCGGCACUUUUCCCAGGAAUAAAAGAUUUCAGGUCAUUUAUGGGUGCUUCGCGAGAUGAUCGAGACAUCAGGACUGUAAGAAGUAUGAAAGAACUCUGUAUCAAACCUGGCCAGCAAUUCCUAAGCGAUGAUUAUAUGCCAAGUUGUAAGCAUUAUGAUUUUUGGGAAGUAACGUGUAAAGGACAGUCAUUUCUGUAUCGACAGGUACGAAGAACUGUAGCAGCUCUGAUUGCAGUGGCUCAAGGAAGACUAACUCUGGAAGACGUCCAGUACAUGUUAGAUGUACCUAGUAAAGACAGUUGGAAUCCUAAGGCUGUCACAGUGCCCCCCUAUGGGUUGUUCCUUGUUAACGUAGAAUAUGAUCCACAAGAUCUUUUAUAUGAAAGAAACUGUGAUAAUCAGUGGACAGAGAACAACAAUUUGUAG